AUGAAAGACGGGGAAAAAAUGAACAAAACCUCUGCGGUGAGCAUCCUGUCGAUCGGCGUGGAGCGGGCAGGAGGAAGCAGCAGCAGUGGUGCCAGGGGUUACAGAGCGGGCUGUGGGAGGCUGGGGAUGGGAGGUUGGGGCAUGGCGGCUCAAGGGACCGAGGAGAGAGCGGAGGCAGAGAGGCUGACCUCCAAGGCAGGGCGGUGGUGGCAAAGUUGGCUCCUGAUCUGA